UUUUUUUUUCUCUUUACCCCUCGUGUGCUUCUCUUCGAUAAUAUACUUAUCUUCUUACGCCUCACUUUCUGUUCUGCAAAGUCCCAAGAGUGACGGAUCUCGAUCCUGCUUUGAGCAUCAAACUUAUCCCCCUCCCCCAGAUUUAUCAGGAGUUUUCUUAUCGCCCACAAUGCCGCAAAAGGUCUAUGUCACGUAUAAACAUGGUCCACAAACUAUGCCAGUCUUCGGCUGACAAAAUCCUGGAUAAAUUCCAACCCAACCUUAUGAUCGCUAUCGGUGGUGGUGGAUAUGUUCCUGCUCGCAUUCUCCGAUCAUUCCUGAAGCGUCCCGGUGACCCCAACAUCCCUAUCCAGGCUAUUGGUCUCUCUCUGUAUGAGGAUCUCGGCCGUGGCGACCCCGAGGAGGUUCCUGGCACCAAGGUUACCCGUACACAAUGGCUGGAUCUGAGCUCUUUGGAGAUGGCCAACCUGAUCGGCAAGAACAUUCUCAUUGUCGACGAGGUCGACGACACACGGACAACGCUGGAAUAUGCUGUCCGGGAGCUGCAGAAGGACGUUGAGAUUGCGCAAAAGCAGCUUGGUCGCGAGGGCGAGAAGACAAAUUUUUUUGUGUUUGUGCUUCAUAACAAGAACAAGUCAAAGAAGGGAGAGCUGCCCGCGGAUAUGAUGGAGUCGGGUCGCUACCAUGCUGCUGUCACGACUGAUGAUGUUUGGAUCUGCUACCCUUGGGAGGCCAAGGAUAUUGACGAGCACGAUAAUUUGGCCAAGGAGAACCCUCUUGUUUAAGUGCUUCUUCAGCAUGCAACAUGCAGCCCGCCGUGCACCCUUCUUUUUUCUUCUUUUUCUCCGACUGUCUACCCCCAACAUGAUCGAGGCACUUAGGCUCCGAUCUGACUGCACAUACAUUUCCUUUCCUUUCCUUUCCUUCCAUCCCCCCCCC